UUGGGGUAGCAGAAAUGCAAUGAAUUUAAUGACUUUCUUAUCUAAUAAGUACAUUUUGCUUAUGUUUUGCUGUAUAUCAUGUCUAUAAUAACAGCCAUCUAUAUGUCCAUACAUUUAUUAUCAUACCCCUGCUGAAAAAUCCAGCUUAAACCAGCCUUAGCUGGUUGGCUGGUUUUAGCUUGUCAUCCGGCCUGGUUUUAGAGGGUUUUUUGGACAUGUUUGUGUUGAUUCUUCUCCUCUUAAACAGACAGAGAAACUCCUGCUGAAGCGACUGAGCUCCACUAUUAUAAAGAUGGCCUUUAUUAAAGAGGAGAGUGAAGACCUGAAGAUUGAAGACACAUUCACAGUCAAACAUGAAGAUGCUGAGCAGAUAACAGACUUGAUGGAACUGAAAGAGGAGACUGAAGUACUGGAUGAAGAAGAGGAAGAUCAAUAUGAGAAGCGUCUUGAUUUCAAAACUGAAGUUCUUAGAUGCUCGGAUACUGAGAAGACUUCCUCAAGAAAAGGAGCUCAAAUAUCUGAAAGUGGAAAUCCUUUGAGCUGCCAGAAGUGUGGGAAGAGUUUCAGACGACCUUCCCUGCUUAAGGUCCACAUGAGGAUCCACACUGGAGAGAGGCCGUACUCCUGCCAAGAGUGUGGAAAGAGUUUCAGUCAUAACGCAAAUCUUGGUAGACAUUUAAGAAUUCACAAUAGAGAGAAGCCCUUCACCUGCCAACAGUGCGGGAAGAGUUUCAACAGGAAGGGAAACCUUAGUAGCCACAUGACGGUUCACUCUGGAGAGAAGCUGUUCACCUGCCAACCGUGUGGGAUAAGCUUCACUCACAAGCUAAGCUUUAAAACACACAUCACAGUUCACAAUAGCGAGAAGCCGUUCACCUGCGAACAGUGUGGAAAGAGUUUUGAUCAACAGGAAAGUCUUAAGGCACAUAUGAGAGUUCACACGGCAGAGAAACCCUUCACAUGCUCUCACUGCGGGAAGAGUUUCAGUCAAAGACGAUACUUGGCAGACCACAUGAGGAUCCACACUGGAGAGGAACCGUACACCUGCUCUUAUUGUGGAAGGGGUUUCAGUUACAGACAUCACAUCAGCGAUCACAUGAGGAUCCACACCGGAGAAAAGCCGUUCACCUGCGGCCACUGUGGAAAGAGCUUCAGUCGGAAAGGAGUCCUCAACAGGCACAUGAUGCUCCACACCGGAGAGAAACCUUACACAUGCGGCCACUGUGGGAAGAGCUUCAAGUACAGACCGGCUCUUAAACAACACAUGAAGGUCCACAUAUGAGGGAAGUGUUGCCGACAAUGUUCAAUCAAUUUCAGAGACAUGAUCGGUGAGAAGCAAUAUCACAGAAGUGCCCUUGCUAUGGAGUGGAUAACUUGAGGAAUUUGCACAUGAACUGAAUGCAAAUGAGGACUUUUAGAGUGUAUAUAUGUAUGCAAAUGUGUUUUGCACACAUUGCCUCUAAUAACACAAUAAAUGCAGUGAUUAAACCGCAGUUGUGAAAUCAGCCAUAUCACUGGGUAGCCCAAAUCUUGUCGUCCUCCGAAGCCAAGCAGAGUUGAGAGCCUGGUCAGUACCUGGAUGGGAGACCACAUGGGAAAACCAGGUUGCUGUUGGAAGGGGUGUUAGUGGGGCCAGCAGGGGUGGAUAUCCUGCAAUCUGUGUGGGUCCUGAUGCCCCAGUGUAGUAAUGGAGACACUGUGCUGAAGGGGUUCCAAACUCCGGGGCCGGUGUCCUGCAGAUCCCCGGUGUCUGUUUCUAGAAAGUCUAGUAAGAGCUUGAUUAGCUAGCCCAGGUGUGUCUGAUUGGGGUUGGAGCUAAACUUUGCAGGACACCGGCCCUCCAGGACCGAGUUUGGACAUGCCUGCUGUACUGCAAGAAGAUCUUUGAAUGAGGAAUGAGACAAUAA